CCAGACAAGGUAACAAAAUACAUUAGUAUUUUUUCCAACUCAUUUGUUUCAGCAGAUUGUCACUUCGUCUUAACAGCCGACAGCGGAACAAUUCACACUCCAAAUUUUCCAGAGAAACACCCCAACGAUAUCACAUGCAUCUGGAACAUAAAAGUUCAACCUGGACACUUCAUUUUACUUUCCUUUCACGUCUUUGAUCUGGAAAGUUAUAGGGGAAAAUGCAUUGAUCUUGUGGAGGUUAAGGAUGGAGGUAGACAAACAGACGAACUUCUCGGUGAGUAUGCAGGUUAUACGCUGGGGGCAGGUGUCUCUUGACUGCAGCAAUUAUCGGACAGCACCAAGCAGCUAGCGCUAGGAGUAAUUAAGAAUACGUAUCGGUGUAUCUUUAUGGUACAUGUACAGUUAAAGGUGAGACAUUUAUACGUUUUGGACCAAUACAACUGUCCUUCACUCAAUCUCGCAAAAACACCUUCUAUAUUUUGUUUGUUUUUGCAUGAAAACUAUUUUUCAGCAAAAACCGCAGCCCCUUAUGGCGCGGUGAUUUUGGUUACAAUUUUGAUCAAUAAGGUAGUAAAAACGCAAACAGACACCACAUAACAGCUGAUGAUUAUUCCCAAAUCUGUGUUUUUUAAGAGUAUUGCUAUCGUCUUAACUGUUUCGAUUUUCAUUGUAUUAAAGGUAAGAUUCGUGUCUUUAUUACAUGCAGGUGCUUUCUGUAACAUUAAUCAGCCGCCAAACGUUAUCACUUCCAGUAAAAAUGAAUUGAGGCUUUGGUUUUAUUCUGACAAGACUGACGCUUACCAGGGAUUCAAUGCUUCAUACACAAGCCAAUGGGAGCAAGGUACUAGCGACCAAAAUCAUGAUACGAAAAGAAUACAGGAAUUUGCAAACCCUAGACGUAAUGUUUUUCUACAAGCUACUGAUGUGGUUUACCCGGCCUAAAGUGAUAAACUAGCUGAUAAACAGACAGAAACCCGAAAUUCGCAGAGAGUUUCUCCAACUUGAGUUGAGCUGACAGCAGCGUAUUAUCCGGUGAACAGUCAUUGUUUAACCGGAUUUAAAUACUGAGCAGUAAAAGCAAUUACAAAUUAACCAGAAAAAAAAUUUAGGUUUUAAUAGGAUGCAAAAAUACGGGGAGUCAAUUUGUAUGUUGGUUGAAAUAAUUGAAAGUCACCUUCCAUUACCAAGUAUCCUUUGCUUUAUUAACAGGUUGUGGAGAUUUUUUGUCAAAAAGUUCUGGAAUGAUUUCAUCUCCUCGAUUUCCCGAUUAUCCAUAUCCAAAUUCCAUACAGUGUGACUGGACCAUUAUUGUACCACGUGGUAAAUUCAUUCGUCUCGCUUUUUCUACGUUUGAGGUCGAAUUUGAUUGCAACGACAAAUGUUGGUGUGUAGAUCGCUUGGAAUUGUGGGAUGGACCCGAAUUCAAUGAGACCAAGAUAGGGAGGUAAGAGGCAAGCUUGUUCCCAGGGUCCUUUAACCCUAACCCUUAUGGGUUACUUGGCAGAUUGUUCGAAAUGAACAACCCUCCACCCCGCCAAGUUAAAAUUACAUGACGUCAUUGCAACUGACCAAUAGAGAAUCGUCCUUUAGGCAACCACGCAACAUGACACAGAACCGAUAAUAGAUAAUAGAUAAUAAUAAUAAUAAUAAUAAUAAUAAUAAUAAUAAUUAAAACUUUUAGAGCGCUUAUCCAAUCCUGCUCUAAGCGUUUUGCACAACAUUCCAAACAAUUUUUUAUAGGAAGAGGGUCAUGUGUGGGGGAUUCGCUCUCUUCCCUCAUUCUCUCCCAUAAGAAUAAAGCAGCUGUCCAUGGCUUCUUCUGUCGAGAUGAUGAAGUGGCUACGCAGCAUGCGUUAAGGUGGAUUUCUACUGUCGCGUUAGUUUCUCUUGCAUACACACGUAACUUUUACGAGCGUAAAAACAGAGGCAACGUAUGAAAGGUCGUGCGUAAACGUAAGAGUUGCACCUCGCUCAACUUUCACGUUUACUAUUUACACACGUAAAAUUUACGUGGGUACGCACGACAAAGUUAUACCCAAAAGUGGAAAUCCACCCGAAGUUACUGCGGUUCACACGGAGGUUUUAUCGAUUAAUGAGAGCCUUUUAUUUUCCUCUUCAGUUUAUGUAGGUCUGCUUUUCCACUGAUUAUGUCAAAAAGCAAUCGGAUAAGACUGAGGUUUAUAACAAACGCAGAAGGACGCUUUAAAGGUUUCUCGCUGUCAUUCACCACCUCUAUCACUCCAGGUGUGUGAAACACUUUUUGUAUUAUAUUUACUAUACUGUGGACCUCUUGCGCUCAAAAUGUACUUGGUACUAUAUAAGUAUAUAUCUUAAGACUAUUGGUGUAAGCAAUUACCUAAAGAAAGCGGACACUUGUCUCUGAUCCAAGAGUGUCCGUCUCAGGCCGCCUUGACAUCAAUGCCAACAUGUACAUUUGCGUUUUUCGUCCACCCACACGAAAAACGAUAAACCGGUUUGUUAAAAAAGCGACACUCUGGGAAUCCUUAUCUUAUAAACCUGCGUUUUUUAUCCCCGAAAAAGAGCCGUUUAUGUGAGAAUAGAGAACAGGAUAAAAACAGAGACAACCAUCUCCGUUUUCAAACAGUUUACAUGAAUAUCCUGAUGCAUACGGGCGGGGUCUCAGUGUUUGAAGUAAUAACCCUGGAUUAGAGUGUCCGGCCGUAAAGUAUAUAUCAUCCAAGUAUCCUUGAGGAAUUUGACUGAAUCCGCUUAUAUAUAUUAGGUUUCGGAGGUUUUAAAGAACGGUCAUGUGACUUGUUUCAAGAGCAAUUUAUAUUUGUAUUUUCAGAUUGUGGUGGAGAUAUUUCAGGAUUGAGUGGAAUAAUUACAUCUCCUAAUUAUCCCGAGUCAUUUCCCGCGUUUACCGAUUGCAUCUGGCGUAUUAAAGUGCCAGCUGACCGAUACAUAUCGUUUAGAUUUGAGGAAUUCAAAGCCAUCGACGGAACCAACCCCGAAUGUUCAGCUGACUCUGUUGAAGUGAGGGAGGGCUACUCGAAAAAGGCUCAGGUUAUAGGUAAUUAAUGCUACUAUAAAUGAUUUUAAGGAUAUAUAUUAUAAAUAAACAAAAAUUAAUGUAGCUGUCGUGGAACAUUUUUAUCUGACAUUCAUAGGCUUGAGAAGCAUAGUUUUCACAUGAAUAUUUAAUUUGUUUGUCUGUUUGUUUUUUAUCCUACGCAAGGUUUGUUGCAACAACCGCUACAAACAAAAGUGGUUGAAAAAUAUUGAAAUUGCCACGGAAACAAAUAAACAAAUCCACCGCUAUAACACCACAGAGAAGACUAGGUUUAACAAUAAAAUAACAUGACCUCAUGCAAUUUCUAGUUGUCAUUUUUAACAUACACGUAAGUAAACCAGGAACUGAAUGACGUGUAGGAUAAAAGAUUUCUCAGCCAUUAAAUCUUUUUUUUUUCAGGACGUUAUUGCCUCCAGAGCAUUCCUCCUGUUAUAGUAAGCAGGGGCCAUGAAUUGUAUAUACACUUCAGAGCAAGAAGCAAAGCUAAAAGUAAUUUAACCAGACGAUUCAAAGGAAACUUUCUGUCUCAUACAACAGGUACAGACAUGCAUUAUCAGAAUGGUGAUUUUUUUUUUCAUCCGACUACCACCACCACUACCAUUACCAAUAUCACCGCAACCACUUCAAUCUACUACCAAACAGUUUUUGUUUUCUUAUUAUUGCACCUUUAUUUCUCCUCAGCAUGUAAUGAAUCUAUUGGUCUUCAGGACGGAAGGGUGAAAAAUUCUCAGCUUUCUGCCUCCUCGUACUACACUCUAAAACUCGGCCAUGGACAGUUGUAUUUGUAUCCUCAGUAUGGACGAAUAGAAGGUUUAUAUUUUUGGUGUAGUCAGGUGAGAGGCCACCACCUUCACUUUCCAAAUACAUAUGGUUUAUUUAGACACGGUAAAAUCAUAAGUUUAAAAAAGGUAAAGCAAGGUAAAAUAAUAAAAAGACAAUAACCUUAGAUACAUAAGUAACUGGUUUACACGAUUGCCGUAUGGCAAACUGACCGAAAAUCAAAAAGCUUACCGGUUUUUAUUCAUUGAGCGAGUUUAUGCUUCGUCUAUUUUUCGAUAAGUCCGUUCCAGAUCUUGGCACCCGGCUAUAAGAGAAACUUCCCUUCAAGUAAUCAGUACCUAUUUUUGGAAGAGAAAGCUUGAAAUCAGCGUUUCUUAAAUUACACAAAGUGUGGCAGGAUAUAAAGAGAUUCUGCAGGUGUAAAAGGCACGCCCAUCGAGGGCCUCAAACACAGUUAACAUACAUUGCUUUCUGUUUUUUGUGACGCACUCCAAGGGCCGUCCAGUACUAUGUUGUUGUUAUGAAUAGUGUCUUGUCAAUACAAACGCUGUCAAAACUAAAAAAAGAUAUGUAAUUUGUUUAUCUCGUUUCCGUUUUUUGCAGUUGCAACAGUCAAAGAACACUGUCAGAGAAUACUUUCAAAUCGACCUCCUGAACUUGACGGAAGUGACAGCCAUUGCUACACAAGUACGUAGUAAUGAAAAUGACAUAAAACUACAUUUCUAAUAGUUAAUGAAUACAUUUCUUUAGGAAGUGUGAACAAGUCUAAUAACUCUAUUCAAAUACCUCUCUCAUCCCCUAGUGAGGGCUACACUUCCUUAAAAUUUGUUUCUGAAUGUUAUUUCGAGUGUGAUGGAGGCUUUUCACACCAAAAGCAUGCUAUGUCAGCCUCAAACUCACUGCGACAAAAGGGUUCAUGUAAUGGCAAUCAGGUCCCCUAUCACUGCACGUGAAUUGAGAAAGGUGAGGGCUCACAGUCUAUUAUUUAAAAUGUCAUCCUUUCUUACUAUUACUUUUACUACUAUUUCUUCUUAUUACUACUUAUAAUCUUCCGUAUCAUUCGUAGUGACUUGACGUCUUUAAUAAUGCCAUAUCAAUAUCUAGGCUUAGACGAAACAGUCAUUGAUGUCGAAUGAAGUGAAGAAAGGGAGUCCCUUUCUCCCCUCUUUUAGGGUCACCACUUACAGGGCUCAAGUUACUGGGGAUACGUGUCAAGUUAUGAAGUUCAGUUCAAUUACAACAGAAACCAAUGGUUCGCAUACAAUGCUGAAAACAGUAGCAGACUGGGAUUUACUGUAAGUUGGUUAUUUCAUAUUUGUUUGGCUUUCUUUCUUACGCAUGCCUUAACAUUUGAGAAGGACAUUCAAUUUAAGGACGUGCACUUCUCAAGUAAAGAAUAUGCCUCUUCUCAGAGUCUCUUCUAAAAACCUUCACUAAGCGCAGACCUUAAUAGUUGAAAUAUAUACUCAGUAUCAGACCAGUGUGGCACCUUUUUCUGGGCCGCCGGGGCAGAUGGCUUUAUGGCUUAAAAGGAGAGUGUCUCCUAGGGAACUGAAAUUUACCAGAAUCCUGCUCAGGUGCGAGCAAUUUUGAUAAACAAGACAGAAGUACUCAUAAGUGGUUUGAUCAUAGCCUGUCCGACACUGACUGACAGCCUGGCUAAUUUGAUCAAGGUGUUAAAAGAGCUUUUUUCUCAUUUUAAUUAACAAUACUUACCUAUCUUCAAUAUCAGGAAUUUAAGGGGAACACAGACGUCGAAGGAAUAGUUAUAAACGCUUUCAAGUCUCCCAUUUUGGCCAAAAGGAUUCGAAUUGUCCCGACUGGUUACCAAAGCAACCCAGUCCAACUCAUGUGUCUACGGGCUGAACUAUAUGGCUGUACGUAUGAUCUAGGU